CCUCUCUCCCGGUCUUCAGCACAACACCAGAUUACUCCGGCAGCAUGGACGCAUCUGUUUCCUUUCACCACAGACCGAAUUUUACUCCACCUUCCAGAGACAAGAGAGCCAUGCCUUUUCAAGAACUCACCAGAGGGCUGUCUCACUUCGGCCUACGUGCUUCUCUACGUAGACGUCUGGGGAGAAACCACACGCUGACGCCGAGCAGGCCUCUCAUCCUCACUAAGACACUGGCUGUCUCAGAUGGAGAGCUGAACACGCUGGAGUCGGUGAAGCGCACAAGCACGCAAUGCUCCAACAGUAACUCCAGCCUUCCCAGUGUGCCGAGCGGCGGGGCCAGAGGGGUGGGUCAGGUGGCCAGCUGGGCUGUCAGCUUUGAACGGUUGCUAGAAGAUCCACUGGGAGUGCUCUACUUCACCGAGUUUUUGAAGUCGGAGGUCAGUAUGGAGAACAUUCUGUUCUGGCUGGCGUGUGAGAAUUUCCGCAAGAUACCAGCCCAUAAUACUGAGAAGCUGAACAGAGAGGCUCUCUCCAUCUACAACAGUUACCUGUCCAAAUGCGCCUGCAACCCUAUCAACAUUGACGAUAAGGUUCGAGUGGAUGAAAAGGAUGUACAGCAGCCUCAUCCCGAUAUUUUUCAGAAAGCUCAGGAACAGAUCUUUAAGCUGAUGAAGUUUGACAGCUACACUCGCUUCGUCCGCUCACAGCUCUAUCAGAACUGCAUGCUGGCUAACGUGGAGGGCAAAUCCCUGCCAGAGCUCGGGCCGUGUUACAAACUGCCCCUGAGCGCUAGACACAGCAGCCCUGUGAUCAGGGAGCAGCAGAAAUUAGAGCAGAAAUCCAAAGAGAAGGCAAAGGUAAAGGUAGGCAAGACUGCAGGAGAGACAGAUAAUGUGGUAGAGAGGAAGAAGACCACCCUGCAAGGGAAGAUGAGCUGGGAGAAGCGCAAGGAAAAGAGAGGAUCCUGGGGAGAACCACAAAUGACAGGGAGACCUGGAUCUAUUCACAGUGCAGAGCUGGAAAAGUUAGUACCUCGUUCAGCUGACUCAGCUGGUUCAGCUGAUAAGUACUGCUGUGUGUUUUUGCCCGAUGGCACGGCCUCUCUGACCCCUGCCCGCCCCGGGAUUACAAUUCGCCACAUGCUCACGGGCCUGUGUGAGAAAAGAGGACUUCCUCUCUCUGACAUCAUCAUCUACCUCCAGGGUAAAGACAAGCAACCACUUUCUCUGGACCAAGAUAGCUCGGUGUUAAAGGACCAGCAGGUUCAUCUGGAGCUGCGGGUGACGUUUGCUCUGGAGGUAGUGUUCACAGGUAAGAGUGUGGCUAUGGUGGCCAAAUCCAACAAGACCCUACAGGAGGCGUUGGCUUCACUCCUGCAAAAACACCGGCUCCGGCCCCAGGAUGUCUCCAUCACCAUGAAAGAAAGCCAAGAGCCGAUAAACAUGAACACAAUCGUCACCAUCCUGGCCAACAAGACACUAAUCCUGGACAAAGUAAAAGGUAUGGACCAAAGCCUUGGCUCCAAGACAGCUCCAGUUCCGGCUUUACAGGCACGUCGGGGCGCUGUGGAUGUUGAUGUGAGCGUUGCAGGUUUUUAUCGAUCAAACCCCAAACAGAAAAACCCUGCUAUGAGAAGAGCCUAUGAUAUGGAAGGUCAAAAUGUUCCAGGUCUGGUGGAGCUGCUGAACCGAGCUCAGGGCUGCAGUGCAGACGAUCAGCGUGGCCUCCUGAAAAAAGAGGACCUCGUCCUGCCGAAUUUCCUUCAGCUGCCUCUGGAGGAACACGAAGAGGAAGACGAUCAGCAGGAGGAGCAAAGGAGUGCAGACCCACUGGCAUUCAGGUCUACGGAAAAUCUAGGAGAACCCAGUUCGAACAGGGACGAAGAUGCUGCAAAUUCUUCCACGUCUUCGCUUUGCUCCACAGAGCCUGUAGACAGGAAGCUAAUGAAAGAGUGUUCUAAUCCAGCUCGGGAAACAGUGGUAUGAGGUGGAGCUCUGCCAUAAUGGAUGUAUUUCUAUUUUGAGAGUGCUUGCACUGAACACGAAUGCUGCUUGGGUAAUGCAGGACGCUUGGCUCAAAGACCUUUUUGGACUUGGCUGGAGGACAGAAGAAGAUGUUUACAGUUCUUGUGAUUCAGCACAGUGUUAAUGUUCAGUGGAAUGUAUUUAUUUGAAAAGGAUUGUGAAAUGUCAAAUAUAUAUUCAGUGCUUUAUGAAAGACGCUCGAUGUGUUUUUCCCCUCUAUUUAUUAUCUCCAGAAAAUUCCCAUUCCCAUUCCAACUCACCAGCCAUCAUAUAUCACAAUUACCACGGCUAACGUGCUUCCUUCAUACUUUUCUCGUUAUCUGCUGCUUUUAGUUAUAUAGAGCGAUGCAUUUUACCAGUACACCGGUGUUUGUUCCAGUCCAGAUCAGACCUUUUCAAUCUGCAUAAACAAAUGAAUGAUUUUAUUGCCUCAAGUCUGAUAUAAAAUGAGUCAAGACUCUCAGUAUGCUUUAGACGUAUGUUUUUCCCUCUGUUGGAUAACCUUACACAGAAUUUUUUGUGAUUGCCAAUCCUGGUUCAAAUGAAGCAUUAUAAACCUGAUAAAUUGGUCUUCACUCUCUCAGACAUUGCUGCUAAGUAUUUUCAAGGCUGACUUGUAGA